AUGGAAGCUCAAAGACAUAUAAAACUAACUCCAAACCAAACAACUCCAGUUGUUUUAGUUGUAGGAGAUCCUGGUAGAGUUGAUAAAGUAAAAUUGUUAUGCGACUCUUAUGUUGAUUUGGCUUUUAAUAGGGAAUAUAAAAGUGCUGAAUGCCAUUAUAAAGGUCAGAAAUUUUUAUGUGUAAGUCACGGUGUUGGAUCUGCUGGUUGUGCAAUUUGUUUUGAAGAAUUAAUUCAAAAUGGAGCAAAAGUUAUAAUAAGAGCAGGAUCUUGCGGGACCCUUCAACCACAAGAAAUGAAAAUAGGAGAUAUUUGCAUAUGUAAUGCAGCAGUUAGAGAAGAUAGAGUUUCUCAUUUAUUAGUGCAUGCAGACUUUCCUGCUGUAGGAGAUUUUGAUGUUUUCGAUACAUUAAAUAAAAGCGCUGCUGAAUUAAAAGUACCUAUUUUCAAUGGAAUUAGUUUAUCUUCAGAUUUAUAUUAUCCAAAUAAAAUUAUUCCAUCAAGAUUGGAAGAUUAUGCAAAAACAAAUGUAGCUGUUGUAGAAAUGGAAUUAGCCACUUUAAUGGUUAUAGGAACUUUAAGAAAAGUAAAAACUGGUGGAAUAUUUAUUGUUGAUGGUUGUCCACUUAAAUGGGAUGAAGGAGAUUUUGAUAAUAACUUAAUUCCUGAAAAAUUAGAUCAAAUGAUUAAAAUAUCAUUAGAAGCAUGCUCACGUUUAGCUGCAAAAUAUAAAUAA